AGAGGAGAUAGGAGUCUCUCAGCAGAGCAAGCUAUUCACACGACCCAACUGCGCUGUUAAAUCAGCACCGUUGGAGUUGGGUUGCUUUGUAUACCAGACUAUCUUUGAUUUCCCUUCGUUUUGGUCUACGUUGUCCUGCAGUUAUCCAUUUGGCUAUCGUCGGUUGGAUUAAACUGCCUUCUGUCGUAUUUGCCUACAGGAUACAGUGCAUGUGCAUUUUGUUAUUUGCAGACAAUAUCUACCCAACACAAGACGUGCCUAAUGCCGAGGAAUGGAUAGUGUGUCUGAUAAAGGGGGAAAGAUGGUCGAGAGCGAUGAACAGUCGGAAAGGGAUAGUGGCGCUGGCGCAGCGAUGGCCGCGCUACACCAGUGCGAGCUGAUCCAGAACAUGAUCGAGAUCUCCAUCUCCAGUUUACAAGGGCUCCGGACCAAAUGCGCGGCGUCUAACGAUCUCACCCAGCAAGAAAUACGCACUUUAGAGGUGAAGCUGAUGAAGUACAUCUGCAAGCAGCUGCAGUGCAAGCAGAAGGUUCCGGAGCAGGAGAGGCCCGCGGCCCUGGACAGCUUCCCCCGCCUCACAGACUGGCUGCGCACCAUCAACCUCAGGCCUGAGCUCAUACAGGCCGUGCCAGUGAAGCUGUCUCUGGAUGCCCUGCUGCUGAUGCCGAGCGGUGCGGUGCGGGACACCAUGAGGAGGCUGGGCUCCAGCACGGAGGAGUGUGCCCGCCUCAGCGCCGCCCUCUCCUGCCUCAAGAGCGCCACAGAGUCCGGUGGUGAGCUGAGGGAAGACGGGGGCCUCUGGAUGUCCGAGCCCCCCAGCCGACGUGACAGCGGCUCCCUGACCCCCGUGGACCAGCUGCCCGGCCUGGGUGGUCCCCUGGGGGGUCCCCUGCGCCCUCACAGCCCCUCCCCGCUAGCCCGCCCCCCCACCACUCCCUCCACUCCCUUCGCCAGCCCUUUCCCUCACCCUCGCCUGGCCCCACUCUCUGCCUCCGACCCGUUGGCUGGACACCACCCCCACCACCACCACCACAGCCACCACCAGUACGCGGCGGUCUCCCACGGUUACGCCGAGAGCCUGACGGACCCCAGCCCUUACUACUCGUCUCGUCCGGGGCGGGGCCUGUACGGCCACACCUCCACGCCGCCCAUCACCCCGCCCUCCAAGCGGCGGCACCGGCUGAAGCCGCCCUGCACGCCGCCGCCCCCCUCGCGCAAGGUGCUGCACCUGCUGCCCAACAUCACGCUCACGCGCAGCAAGAGCCACGAGUCACAGCUGGCCAAUCGCAUCGAGGACACUGGCACGCCCACCAACAAGUGUACCAAGAAGAACAAGCUCUUCCUGAAUGUGCAGAUCAAUGGGAACGGCUGUGAGGACUCGCCAUCGCGCUCGCCGCUGCUGUCCGCCCGCACGCCAGGCGCCAUGCCCGCCACUGCCCCCUACACGCUGCCCGGCACGCCCACACUGAUGGAGGAACACACUGUCCUGAAGAAUAACAUAACAGUGCAUCGUAGUUCUCCCCAGACUGUUCGCAGGGACAUCGGCCUGAAUGUCACACACAGAUUCUCCACCAAGUCCUGGCUCUCCCAGACCUGCCAGGUGUGCCAGAAGAACAUGAUCUUCGGAGUCAAGUGCAAACACUGCAGGUUAAAGUGCCACAACAAGUGUACCAAGGAGGCCCCAUCCUGUAGGAUCUCCUUCCUCCCAAUCACUAAGAUCAGGAGGACGGAGUCUGUGCCGUCGGACAUCAACAACCCAGUGGACCGGCCGGCGGAAGCCCCGCAGUUCGGCACGCUGCCAAAGGCAAUAACCAAGAAGGACCACCCGCCCGUCCUGAACCAGUUGGACUCCAGUAGCAACCCCUCCUCCACCACCUCCUCCACGCCCUCCUCCCCCGCCCCCUUCCAGCAGAGCAACCCCCCCAGCGCCACACCGCCCCCCAACCCCUCGCCCAAGGGUCACCGCGACAACCGCUUCCACUUCCCAGCUGCCUGCUACUUUCAGCACAGACAGCAGUUUAUCUUCCCUGAUGUGUCCAGUUCGUCCACUCUGCAUUCUGAUAGCGGCCUUCCAGACACAGUUAAUGAGAACGAGCCGUCAGCUGAGGACCUGAGGGCAGAGCUGGCUGAGGACGAAGAUGGAGAGGAGGAAGAGGAAGAGGAGGAGAUCGAGGCCGAGGAGGAGGAAGAGGAAGGAGUAGUGGAAGAGGAAGAUGAGGAGGAGGUGGAGGAGGAGGACGAGAACCAGCCAGAGGAAUACGACGAGGAGGAAGAGGAGGAGGAGGAAGAGGAGGACGACGAGAUCCACAUGGGCUCGGACGGGGAGUGUGAUGGGGAUGAGCUGGAUGACCUGCCCGGCACGCGGGGCAGCGGGGGCGGUACCCACUGGAAGGGCCCCAUCUCCCGCAAGCCCAGCCAGACCAGCGUCUACCUCCAGGAGUGGGACAUCCCCUUCGAGCAGCUGGACCUAGGGGAGCUGAUCGGGAAGGGCAGGUGGGGGCGUGUGCACAGGGGGCGUUGGCACGGGGAGGUGGCCAUCAGGCUGCUGGAGAUCGACGGCAACAACCAGGACCACCUGAAGCUCUUCAAGAAGGAGGUCAUGAACUACCGGCAGACGCGGCACGAGAACGUGGUGCUGUUCAUGGGGGCCUGCAUGGCCCCUCCUCACCUUGCCAUCAUCACAAGUUUCUGUAAGGGGCGAACCUUGUACUCCGUUGUGAGAGACACUAAGAACAACCUGGAUAUCAACAAGACGAGGCAAAUCGCUCAAGAGAUUGUUAAGGGAAUGGGCUACCUGCAUGCCAAAGGCAUCGUCCACAAGGACCUGAAAUCCAAGAACGUGUUCCACGACACGAACAAGGUGGUCAUUACUGACUUCGGCCUGUUUGGGAUAUCUGGAGUGGUGCAGGAGGGGAGGCGUGAGAACGAGUUGAGGCUCCCUCACGGCUGGAUCUGCUACCUGGCCCCGGAGAUCGUGCGCAAGAUGAGCCCCGGCAACAACGAGGACCGGCUGCCCUUCUCCAACUCGGCCGACGUCUACGCCUUCGGGACCAUAUGGUACGAGCUGCAGGCGCGAGACUGGCCCAUCACCAACCAGCCGGUGGAAGCUACCAUCUGGCAGGUGGGAAGCGGGGAGGGCAUCAAGAAGGUGCUAACGGAGACCAGCUUGGGGAAAGAGGUGACGGAGAUUCUGUCUGCGUGCUGGGCGUAUGACCUACGUGAGCGGCCCACCUUCACCCAGCUGGCGGACAUGUUGGAGAAGCUGCCCAAGCUCAACCGCCGCCUCUCCCACCCCGGACACUUCUGGAAGUCCGCAGAGUUGUAGCUGCUGAUGUGAAGUAGUGUAAGCAAUGCAAAUCAACUGAAGCCUGGGUCUGCCUUGCAUGCAUCCUGAAAUCCUUAACUAUUGGAUUUUUUUUAAAUAAGAGACUAAAAACAAAGACAAGAUCACCUAAAGCAAAGCGAAGCCAAGCACUGACUCGACUCUGCCUGAUGCUGAUUCUGCUUCCACUAACCCCAGCCCGAUCUUGCACCCUCCACCCUCCGUCCGACUAUCCCUUACUCUCCUUCUCGUCCUCUCCAAUCCUCUCUUCUCUUCGGCCUUCCCCCUCCUCCUCCUCUGUGUUUAUUUUUUCCCUGCGUGGAUGGAAGAGAACACUCUGGACAUUGGAAGGGGAGGAGGUAAAGGACUUCUUCACAUCCCCUGCUUCUGCACCCUCAGAAACUCUUGCCUUUAUGACUUCUUUUUGUUUUUGUUUUAUUGUUUUUUUUUGUAGUUGUUUGUUUUUCUCCUGUGGAAAGAAACACGUUAAUUAGUUGCCUCUAUCUCUCUCUCUCUUUCUCUUUAUCUUUCUCUUUCUCUCUCUCUCUCUCUGGCUUGUGGUGUCUUUGGUGAAAUGGAUAUGUGUGAAAUAGGUACUGUAUUAUUCUGUAACGGUGAUCCCACCGUCCCCUUCCUCCCCC